AUGGUGGAUUCAGUCGUUGUUGCUGCCACUUUCGAAAUGCCUUGCACUGAAGAAAGAGCAGAAAAUUUCCCUCUACCACACUCUCAAUUCUUCAGUCUUGUUCAUUCAAUGACUGGUUCUAAGAAGCUCCAAGUUGGAACAGAUGAUGAAAGUCCACACAAAUGGUGUGUUCCAUUGGGAGAAGAUGUUUUCAGAAGAUUAUUCGGCCAUGGCAAUCCAACAGUGCACAAGAUUUUUGGUGAUGCAUCACUUUUCAGUCCAAUGUUGUUCGGGAAGUUCUUUGAUCCUUCUGAUGCCUUCCCUCUUUGGGAGUUUGAGUCAGAUAUCUUGCUGUCUCAUCUGAGAAGCUCCAACCAAAACACUGUGGAUUGGUAUCAAAAAGAUGAAGCUUACAUGUUAAAGGCAGAAAUACCAGCAACUGGGAUGAGUAACAUUGAAGUCCAUGUUGACAAUGGGAAGGUUGUGGAGAUUAGUGGAGAGUGGAAGCCACAAAAAGAAUCAAAGGCAAGUGAUUGGAGGUGUGGCCAUUGGUGGGAAUAUGGAUAUGUUCGAAGGUUAGAGGUCCCAGAAGAUGCAGACUUAAAGAUCAUUGAAGCUCUCAUACGUAAUGCCAGAUUUUUUAAGAGAAUAAUCAGAUUAAGGUAUAGCAGAGAAAUAGGCAUGGGUAACAAUGGAACACUCCCAUCCGUGCAAGUCCGUAGACAGAGAUUGAAAAAUAAAUCGAAAAAUUUUGGAGAUGCGGGGUAUCGAUCCCCGUACCUCUCGCAUGCUAAGCGAGCGCUCUACCAUCUGAGCUACAUCCCCUCUUGUUAUGAUUGA